AUGUUGUUUGUUCUGAUUUUAUCGUUGAUGACUGCUUCCUGCUCUGCUGUGGACAAUAAAACACCAGACACCAAGGUAACUGCAUUUAUACCAAAAUUAAACGUUAUGGAACCUACACAUUUUCUUAGGCUGUUUAAAAUCUCAAGGUUACGAACUAAUAAAAGUUACGUGGUAUGAUUUCAUGUACUAAGUCAACGUCAAUCGAUAUUUUAAAAACGGUCAGAAAAUCUAUAAGUUAAACAAACUUGCAAAUUCAGGAAAAUCGCUCAGUCUACUCAUUUGAAUUAAACGCUAUAUAAUUGUUUUGACGGAUAAAUUAUUGAAAGCAAUUAGUGUAUUAUAUAAUUAUUAACAUUUUUCUCUCUUUGGUAGCCUGCGUCAUAACCGCUGGUUAAAUAUGUCUGUGAAACAGCGCCGAAAUCCUUGUUCUGGGCCCCCACCUGUGUACCAGGAUUUAAGUAUGCGCCGUGAUUGGCCUUUAAAAAAAGCUUUUGUCGAUUUGCCAAUCAGGAUGAAAGGAAAUUCGAAACCUAUUUCCGGUAAUUCGUUGAGUCUUUUGGGGACCUGGGACAAGGAUAUCGGCGCUGCUUCUCAGACGUCACUAACUGAAUGGUUACUAUGUGGCAGCCUGUUCCAUCUUGUCCACCUUGUAAUAAUGGCGGGCAAACCGGGAUGUGGACAUACAUGGCAUGCGUCGCAGGAGCCCCUGGGCCACCUGGUCGAGAUGGAGCCAAAGGAGACCUGGGUAGCCCGGGAAAAAAUGGGACCCAGGGACCACCUAGAGCUGACGGAAAGAAAGGAGCAAAGGGAGAGCCUGGGAUCCAGGGUUCCUCCGGACAAAAAGGAGAGCCAGGGGACAAAGGCGACAGUGGAUCGCCACUACUGGCUUCACACAUGAACUGGAAGGAGUGUGCUUGGAAAAAGGUAGACGGCAAAGAUUCAGGAUUGAUAUAUGUAAGUGAGCAAUAUCCCUGUGCAAUAAUAAUAAUAAUAAUAAUAAUAAUAAUAAAAUACUGUUGAUGAAUUUCUCAAAACGAAGAAUUCAUCAAUAUAAUUGACUUUCAUGGUGCCAGAGAUGAUACCAUUUUAAAUGUUUUCUUUCUUUCUUAAUCUUUUUUUCUGUUCAGAACUGUGACUUUGUGAAGAAAUACCCGGACACUUCCCUGCAUGUCUAUUAUGCUGGUAACCUCAGGGUUGCCUUUUGUGACCGCUGCUGUAGUCGCUGGUAUUUCACCUUCAAUGGAACCGAGUGCAGCUCCCCUGGAACUAUUGAUGGAGCAUUCUACAUUCACACAGGCAGAAACCACAAUCUUCACCGUCACCGCCACAUUGAAGGUCACUGCAAUAACAUUCAGAAAGGAAAGGUGCGAGUAGCAUUCUGGGUUGGAAAGUGCGUCACAGGGUAUCAGCUUGCUGACGCCGACUCCGGUUGGCAUUCAAUGAAUCGUAUCUUCAUUGAAGAAGUAGCAAAAGCUCAGCAGUGA